AUGAAUUCUGAUUCCUCAUCUACCCAUGGAGCGUUGGAGAAGGGUUCGUCGCAACGUUAUGUCUCUCCCGGAUCUGAUACGCGGAAAUCGUCAACGAGCUCCACCAAGAAGCGCGCCUCUCGAGCUGGCACUCGAAGCGUAACUACGCUGUCCGCCGCGCAGCUCGAGAGAAAGCGAGCCAACGACCGAGAAGCCCAACGUGCCAUCCGACAACGGACGAAGGACCACAUUGACCACCUCGAGAGGACCGUCAACGAGCUGCGAGGCAACCAAGAGCAAACCGAGAAGAUCGCACACGCUACACAGCAACGAAAUCGCGAACUCGAAGAAGAGAUCGUCUACCUGCGCAACAAGCUCAAUGAAGCAGGUUUCAACAUGAAUGGCAUCCCCUCCGAAGGUCAACGCUUGCCAGAGUCAAGUCUGCUGUCUGUCCCAUCCGCAUCACCGGUCAACGCUGCCGGUGCCUCUAUCCCACGCCCGGGUUCAACAUCCACAAGUAACAACUCGGUCACAACUCAGGGAUCAGGAUCGCGCCAUGGUUCCUGGCAACAUGGAGCAGGCUUCGUUGCUAACGGGAUGGGCCUUCCAACUGCCAGUUCUGUUGCCAAUGCACCUACCUUGACCGCCUGGAGAUCGCAUGAGAGCGCCCAGAGCUUGCAGCCUCUUCAAACACCCGGAAGCAGCCUACAGGACCCAAUGCAGGCACCAGGUUCAGCUACAUUCCAGCAUGGAGAAAGAGUAGAUUGGUCCGCCGCCCCGUCAAGUUACCAAUACAUUAGCCAGGAGCAGCAGAGGCCGUCUCAAUAUGAGACGGCACCCUCGCAACAAUCAGGAUACCAGUCCUCGACAUAUCAUACUCAAAUGACCCCACAGAGCGAGUUUCCCAACAUCUCUGUGUCGUCGAGCCCCAGUAGCUAUCAAGGCCAGACCGCAUUUCCAGCCCAACAGGCUUUCCAGGUGGCGCCCAUGCAAGUCCCAACUACCGGCCCGGACUACAGUUCGCCACAUACCCAGAUGCAUCCACCACCGCUUCCCAAUGCGUCGUUCCACGCGGCCACAAGUGGACAGCCGUAUCCGCAGCAGCAGACAUACCGAGAGGAGGCCGCCGGCCGCUCGUACCCAUUGGCGCAUUACCCAACUGCUUGA